AUGACGAUGCAUCUCUCCGUGCUAGCCGCUCUCCACGUCCUCUUCCCCAGCCUUGGCAUGGCCGUCCUCGGCGCAACUCCGGCUAGAAAGAUCGGCGACAUGGACACGAUGGCAUCGGCGAUAACGUUAACGGCGACGACGCCAGAAGCAUGUCCGAUGACUGCGUCAAUGCCGUACUGCGCCUUCCCAUGUCUCGCUUCCGCUGCCACCAUUGCGGGUUGUUCCGACAUGUUCGAUGUUGAAUGCCAGUGCAAGAACAGGAACUCGGACGAGGCCGAGUUGCUCAAGUCCGGCUGCGUUGUGAGUUCGUGCGGAUCGUGGACUGCCAAGAUUGUCGAGUCGGUUGGGGCGGCUAUCUGUGAUGAGUGCGUCAAGGCUACGGCUACGGCUACGGCUCCCUUUGCUCCGUAA